ACCAACAAUGGCGGCGCCCGCGCGCAGCAGCUUCAGCCGGUUCGCUUCCGCCUCCGGAAAAUUGGGAAGUUGCCUCAUCAACUCGGUGUUCAUCGCCCGGGCGGCGACGCGCGGCGACGGAAUGGAGUCCCCGGGGCCGACCAAGCUGGAGUUCGCCGUGCAGAUGACGUGCGAGAGCUGCGCAGUUCAAGUCAGAGCUGCGCUGGAAGGUAAAGCAGGAGUGACGUCGGUCAGUGUGGAUGUCGGUAAGGAGCGGGUGUUGGUGGAGUCGGCUCUGACCAGCGCGGAGGUGCAGGCUCUGAUCGAGGGCACCGGGCGCAGGGCGGUGCUGAAAGGCAUCGGAGGAUCGGAGCACGACCUGGGUUCAGCUGUGGCCAUGCUGGCCGGUGGGGGGAGGAUCCAGGGGGUGGUGCGUUUCCUGCAGCUGUCCGAGCAGCGUUGCUUGAUUGACGGGACCAUUGACGGGUUGGAGCCGGGACCCCACGGCCUCCACGUCCACACCCUGGGGGACCUCACGCUGGACUGCCUCAGUUGUGGGGAGCACUACAACCCCUCUGGAAGACCACACGGCGGUCCUGGGGACUCUGAACGGCAUGUCGGCGAUCUGGGGAAUAUUGUUGCAGGACCGGAUGGCAGAGCCUCAUUUAGACAAGAGGACAGUCAGCUAAAGGUCUGGGAUGUGAUUGGCCGAUCGCUGGUGGUGGACGCAGGCGAGGACGACCUGGGCCGAGGACAUCACCCGCUCUCCAAACAGACUGGGAACUCUGGGGAAAGACUGGCCUGUGGGAUCAUCGCCCGGUCAGCGGGUCUUUUCCAGAACGCCAAACAGAUCUGCGCCUGUGACGGCGUCACACUGUGGGAGGAGAGAGACCGGCCAGUGGCGGGGAAAGGUCGGAGCAAGGCCGGCACGGAGACGCCGGCGGCACACCUCUGAACCCCCCCGUCGGGCAGCGUGAACGUACCGGGCACCGCCGAAGAGAAAUGAAGUGGCCGUUUGUUGUUGUUGCCACACAGCUGGAAAGAUGACCAAAGGAUAAACAUGCCUUAUUUUCUUGAAAUCAAACCCUCUUGCAGUCACAGUUGCUUUCCUCUGAGGAUUUUAAAGGCACUGUAGCGGAUUAAAACCGGGGCUUUGUGAAAGUCACCUUAUUUGAUUGGCUAGAGGUCCGUUAAUACUGUUGUGUGUUGUUAUAAAGAGUCGCCUAACUGUCUCAUCGGUGUCUAAAUUAAUAGAAUUCCUGGCUGCGGCUAAAUUGGAGAAGGAGUCUACUCAAAAAAUACAAAAAAACCUCUGUUGUCCAGGUUGAUUUGAAGUACAAUUUAACAAUGUGCAAAACUUCUAACUCGUCAAACUUAUUGAUUUCUCUUAACGCACAUUUCUCCUCCCUGCGACAUUGAUAUUGUGACUGUGUGUGUGUGUGUGUGUGUGUGUGUAUUGGCCAUAUGAGAGUGUGCAUUGAUUGUCCAAAUUGAGCAUCUGUCUUAUCUCGGUGAUGCCUGAAUAAGCUUAUUGAAUUUUCCUCCAAAUGUUCCGUUGUUUUUUCAGUGAACGCCACUUGAAUGUAGGGCUGCAACCACUGUUUGUUUUAUAUUAUAUAGAUCUGUGGAUUUUUUUUUUUUUAAAUCAAUAAAGUUGCCUAUAGGGGGCCUAAAGUCAUGUCUUUUAAAUAUCAAAAAUAUAUAUCUACAGUGAUACAAUAAAAGCUGGAACCAGAAAA